AUGACGAUACUCGGCGUUGAAGUCUCUUUCCACCAUGAAUCCCACACCGAAUUUGCGCUCCUUUAUAUGGGCACUGUGAUCUUGAAUAUCGAACAAAAGAAGGCGCUGAUAAGCUACAUUCUCCAGGCCAACGACAUCAACUAUGGGAUUAGUUUGAUGGAGCUUCGUAAGCUCGCGUAUGAAUUUGCUCGGAAAGUUGGCGCGUCGUAUCCGGAUCCAUGGAACGACAAUCAACAGGCGAGUAAGGAUUGGCAGUUGGCGUUCAUGAAACGCCCCAAAAAUUUGUCACUGCGAACACCAGAGCAAGUAAGCCAGAGCCGUGCGAAGCGAUUCAACAAAGAGAAUGUCGAUGCAUUCUUUGCCAACCUUUCAUCCGUUCUCGGUAAGACGCCGUUUGAACCUCACCGAAUAUGGAACAUGGAUGAAACCGGGUGCCCAACCGUGCCAACCAGACCUGUCAAAACCAUCGCGCGCAAAGGACAAAAGCAGGUCGGCUCAUCAACAUCUGCCGAAAAAGGCACCAAUGUGUCUUUGGCUUUGGCCGUCAGCGCUAGUGGCCAGUCUAUACCGCCAUUCUUCCUCUUUCCCCGAGUCAACAUGAAAAAGAUUUUUAUGACUCAUGCGAGUCAUGGCGCUGUUGGUGUUGCGAACGGUUCUGGUUACAUGAACUCUGACGUAUUCUCUCAAUUCAUGCGUCAUUUCAUCAAGCACACCGGUGCUAAUGCCGAUUCGCCAACCAUGUUGCUGCUGGACAACGACGGUUCGCAUUUAUCGAUCGAGGCGAUAGAUUUGGCGUUGGGUCAUGGCAUCACGUUGCUGUCUUUUCCGCCGAAAUGCACGCACAAAACGCAGCCGCUAGAUGUUGUGGUAUUUGCACCAUUUAAAGGCAUGAUGACCGUGAAGCAUGAUGCAUGGAAAAAGUCCAACACUGGUGUCACUUUCGAUCUGCAUCAUGUGCCGCUCCUUGUCGAUCAGUGCCUCGAUGUUAUGUUAACGCCGAAAACCAUCAAAUCCGGCUUUCGAACAACUGGCAUCUACCUGUUCAACCCGCAAAUUUUCACUGAAGUUGACUUUGUCGCUUCGGAACUGAGCGGCGAAAAUUUGUUCGGUGACGAAGAGAAAGACGCCGACAAUCAACGUCGAGUUCUUGCCUCUGGUGAUGCCAUUGUGACUGCUGCGAAUGAGGAGGUGUCAACGUCGGAGGCAUCGACAAGCGCCCCAGCUUCAACAAGUGGUGCUGCAUCAUCGUCGUUGUCUCUUGGGCACACCUGCGCCGAAAUCAAAACGUGGCCGCAAGACAAUGGAGUCAACGAUUUUGACAUCGCCUGAGGUUGUCGCAGAUCUGCGUGACAAGGCCGAAAAAAAGCGGCAAAAAUUGACGAAGGCAGCCGAUGAACCAGCAGCCAAGAA